AUGGGGGGCCGGGACCCCACCGGAGCCUGGUCGGGCAGGAGCGCCACGUGGUACGCACGUGGUCCACUGCCGGCGCGGCGCACUCCCUUCCCCCAUGGUCGUACCGCGGUACUCCUUAGCAGCACCCGUGCGCAGCGCCUGCGCACUCGCCCUGGGCCGGCCCUGGCGCGCCUUGAGGGCCGCGAGUUCGAGUUCCUCAUGCGGCAGCCCAGUGUCACCAUCGGCCGCAACUCGUCGCAGGGUUCGGUGGACCUGAGCAUGGGCUUGUCGAGCUUCAUCUCGAGGCGCCACCUGCAGCUCAGCUUCCAGGAGCCGCACUUCUUCCUCCGCUGCCUCGGUAAAAACGGUGUCUUCGUGGACGGCGCCUUCCAGCGGCGCGGUGCGCCCGCCCUUCAGCUGCCCCCGCAGUGCACCUUCCGCUUCCCCAGCACAGCCAUCAAGAUCCAAUUCACGUCGCUCUACCACAAAGAGGAAGCACCCACGUCUCCCCUCCGGCCGCUCUACCCACAGAUUUCCCCAUUGAAGAUCCACAUUCCGGAGCCGGACCUCCGGAGCAUGGUCAGCCCCGUGCCCUCCCCGACCGGCACUAUCAGUGUUCCCAACUCCUGCCCGGCCAGUCCACGUGGCGCCGGCUCCUCCAGCUACCGUUUCGUCCAGAACGUGACUUCGGACUUGCAGCUGGCUGCGGAAUUCGCUGCCAAGGCCGCAUCAGAACAGCAGGCAGACACGUCUGGAGGGGACAGCCCAAAGGAUGAGUCCAAGCCCCCCUACUCGUAUGCACAGCUCAUCGUACAGGCCAUCUCCUCGGCCCAGGACAGACAGUUGACACUAAGCGGGAUCUAUGCCCACAUUACCAAGCAUUACCCCUACUAUCGGACCGCCGACAAGGGCUGGCAGAAUUCCAUCCGACACAACCUCUCUCUGAACCGCUACUUCAUCAAAGUCCCGCGCUCCCAGGAGGAGCCUGGUAAAGGCUCUUUUUGGCGAAUAGACCCGGCCUCGGAGGCCAAGCUCGUGGAGCAGGCGUUCCGGAAACGGAGGCAGAGGGGUGUCUCCUGCUUCCGCACCCCCUUCGGGCCCCUGUCGUCCAGGAGUGCUCCUGCCUCGCCUACCCACCCAGGACUCAUGUCACCGCGCUCCAGCGGCCUGCAGACUCCAGAAUGCCUGUCCCGCGAGGGCUCGCCCAUUCCACAUGAUGCUGAUUUCGGGUCAAAGUUGGCGUCUGUCCCUGAGUACCGGUAUUCCCAAAGUGCGCCUGGCUCCCCGGUCAGCGCCCAGCCGGUCAUCAUGGCAGUGCCGCCCCGGCCACCCAGCCUGGUGGCCAAGCCUGUCGCCUACAUGCCAGCAUCCCUUGUGGCGUCCCCGCAGCCCACCGGCCACGCCAUCCACGUGGUACAGCAGGCACCCACGGUCACCAUGGUUCGUGUGGUCACCACGUCUGCCAGCUCCGCCAAUGGCUACAUCCUGGCCAGCCAGGGCAUGGCCAGCAACACCCACGACGCCCCGGGCACAGCCGUGCUGGACCUAGGUGGCGAGACUAGAGGCCUGGAGGACAAGCCCACCAUCGCUUUUGCCACCAUCCCCACCACUGGCCGCGUAAUCCAGACAGUGGCCAGCCAGAUGGCCCCAGGCGUCCCCGGACACACGGUCACCAUCCUGCAGCCAGCUGCCCCGGUCACCCUCGGGCAGCACCACCUCCCAGUUCGAGCCAUCACCCAGAACGGCAAGCAUGCUGCUCCCACUGGCAGCCUAGCCAACAGCACCUACGCCCUCUCCAGCCCCUUGCAGCUCCUGGCGGCCCAGGCUAGUUCGUCCACGCCCGUUGUGGUGACCCGCGUGUGUGAGGUGGGGCCUGAGGAGCCACCUGCCGUGAUCCCGGCUGCUACUCCCCCCAUCGCCGCCCCCACCCCCGCUGGGGAGCCUGAGGUCAAGCGGUCCCGGGUGGAGGAGCCCCCUGGCGGGACAGCGGUCACACAGGCUGGGGUCAUUGCGGCCGCCGGCCCCCAGGGCCUGGGCUCUGGAGAGUGA